AUGAAAGAGAAGAAUCAAAAUUUCUUUUUCGAGCUUAACAUCGAAGGCAAUCACUCCAUCAAACAUGCAUUCUGGGCCGACGUAAGAAGCAGGGCUGCAUGCGAGUAUUUUGGAGACAUGAUUUCAUUCGACACCACCUACAACACAAACAAGUAUUCGGUUCACACAAACUCAGCCUUAAUAUUCACCAAAGCAACACAUUUUGGUUCAUCACACUGUGAGACUGUCGAUUUAUGCAAGUACAAUCUGGUUUUUAGUUCUUUUAUUGGCAUGAAUCACCACGGUCAAUUGACACUUCUCAGAUGCGUGCUGAUUAAAAAUGAGGAUAUCCAAUCAUUCAAAUGGGUAUUUGAGUGUUGGCUCUGUUGCAUGGGAGGGAAGGCACCAAAAGGCAUUCCCACUGACCAAUGUGCAACGAUGCAAAGGACCAUCGAGAUGUGCAUACCAACAACAAUUUACCGCUGGUGCAUCUGGCACAUCAUAAAGAAUAACCCAAACAAACUAAAUGGCUACAAGAGACACGAAGAAAUCGAACAAGAGAUGAGCCACGUCGUUUGGAACUCGUUUACAAAAGACGCAUUCGAUAGAAACUGUAAUGAUUUCCUGACAAAGUACAGCCUCAGAGGCAACAAGUGGCUCUCAACAAUAGAUGCUCAAUUUCAGCAUGUGUAUACCCAUGAGAAGUUCAGGGAAGUUCAAGCGCAAUUUAGAGAAAAGGUGAACUGCAUCACAAGAUCAAAGCAUUCCAUACUAGGUUUCACAACAUACGAAUUGAUGGAGCAGGUUUCUAACUCCACAUUCAACAAGUUUUUCGUCACCUACGGUGCAGUAUCACGAGAGUUGAACCUUUUAGAUGGUGGACCAACGAUUCAGUCAAGUUCCAGCUUUUACAAUGCACUGGAUAUGAAUUAUCCCAGAGAGGAUUAUACGAGUUUUAGAUUUUAUUAA